GGAUACAGACACACAGUUGGCAAGUCUGCGGUCGUCGCGCCAGCUAUACACACACAGUCGCCAUCGUCCGUCGGAAGACGUUGGACACGCGGGAAAGCCCUAGUGCGUUUUGGGGUGCUUUGGGGAGAGUUGUUAUCCCAGCAGAAGCGGCGCAAUUGACGCGAGUCGUCGCCCGAGUCGCCGAUCGUCUUCACAUCACAUUUCGCCCACUCGUAGACACACCCCGCAUGUGCUGCGCGCGGGGUCAUGUUGCUACAACCAUUCCGGCGAUAUAUUGCACCGUAUAAAGAGAGAUCAAUCUGUAUGUGUGUGUGUGUGUGCAAUAUAAGAAAACCUCGAUAUCGCGCUUGGUACGCGCGCCACCUAAAAAGGCAUGAUUUCAAUUGAAAUAUGAACCCUGAGCGAGAGAGAGAGAGAGAGCGCUGUGUGGAGUGUGAAGUGUGAAGAAGUGGUGGUGUUGAUGGUGUUGGAAGUGCAGGAAGACUGCCACAACGGAUCGCCGCACAUUCGUGUCAUCGGGUCACGCCAAAUCUUCCUUUUCCGGCUUCUCCUCUGACAGCAACAAUCGAAGCAUCGCUGCCCCGUCGCGCGAGAUAUAUUGAUGAUCGGUAGAGCUGUUGAUCGAAUUAAUAAGCUGCAGCAGCAAACUCGUGCUGUGCGCCAAACGGAGAGCUGCUCGUGGCAAAGCGAGAGACGAACGAAGCCUUGCUCGAGAGAGAGUGAGAGAGAAAGAGGGCAAUGUCUCGGUGCAAGCGUGUCCGCAGUUGAGCACGGGGGGCAGUUAGGGUCGCUGCCGAAUUCACGAACGCCGUGGCGGCACUGUCGCCUACUACGAGUCGACUCCCGGUCGCCAGUAACGACGAGAACACUCGCUACGGUGGACCUGCCUGCGUGAACGUCACGUUUUGUGUGUGCAGAAUUGGUCUGUGUCUGUGUGUUACAGUUUUGCUCAAGGUUCUAGCAGGCAGCAGUUGUUUGGCACGGGGGAAAUCGAUUGGCAGAAACCAACACCAGCUCCAACAGACCAUGCUGUGGUUUAAGAAGCGGCUCAGCACACUGUUCGGUGGCGGCGGCAAGCGUACGGCCAAGCGGGAGGUGGGAAAAGGUGCCGCUGCUGCUGCUGUUGCCACCGACCCGGAUGACAGUGGGCCACCGGUUGCGAGCGCUGCAGCAGCAGCAGCAGCAGCAAGCAGCACGGCGGCAACAGGUGGCACGCCUAACACUGGGCCGUCCGGUGACGGCACCACCACCCAGCUGCCCCCGCCGAAAAGUCGUCAGUCGAAAAAGAACGCCCAAGAAGCUGCUGUAGCCGCAGUGGCAGCCAGCAGCAACGUCCGCUGUGUUCAGUGCAGCCGCGGGAAGCAAUGUCGGAUCCACACGGCGAUCGUGUCACGGUUCCACGAGGACACACGCUCCGUCACGGUGGAAUGGUACGAGCGGGGCGAAUCGAAAGGCAAAGAGAUCGAGAUCGACAUGCUGCUCGAGCUGAACAGAACGAUGCAGCUGCAGCCGCAGCUGCAGCAGGAGCUGCACCACCAGCAGCAACAUCAGCACCAGCAGCACUACCAGCAGCAGCAGCAGCAGCACGAGCCGGAACCGAAACCGACGGCGGAAGAGGCGAAGCAGCGAAAGAAAACGCCCGCGCCCGCUAACCUAGCACGCCGAUCGAGUUCCAUCGAGGACGAAGAGGAUACUUCCCAGCCAGAACAAACGAAUCCAACGCAAGCGAUCAUCCGAUACAACAACUAUCUAGCCCAACGGGGCGAUUCGGGCAAGGGCGCCAGCAUCCCGGCACCGUCCAACUUCAAUCGGGCCACCAUUCUACACACCGGGCCGACGCAGCGCUCGGAACAGUCCGGUACUGGACGCACCACCAAUGUUUCGUCCCGGAUCCUUGGUAACAGCAACAACACUGGCCGUAGCACGAUGAUCAACAACCGCGCGGCCGAACAACCAGCGGAAACCAGAACGCAACCAAAGGCGCUGGGAAAAACGAGCGUCGCCACCGGCCAGCAGCAGACGACCGCACCGGCAGCAGCGGCGGCGGCGGCCGCGCCCGCCUCGGCAGUCGCGAACGCGAACAACGCGGUCGCCAACUCGAUCCCGCGCAAGUCGUCCUGCGUGGUGACGGUCGGCAUGAUGGAGGAGAACCGCAUCAAGCAGCGCGACAUGUUCAAGGUGAUGCGGGAGAAGAAGAACGCGCUGAUGAACCAGGACGGGGGCAACCCGAACUGGGAGUUUAUCAACAUGAUCCGCGAGUACCAGAGCACGAUCGACUUCCGGCCGCUGGUCCAGGGCCAGUCGAUCGACCAGCACCAGAUCACGGUGUGCGUCCGGAAGCGGCCGCUCAACCAGAAGGAGCAGACGCGCAAGGAGGUGGACGUGGUGUGCAUACCGAACAAGGACACGGUGAUCGUGCACGAGCCGAAGGCGAAGGUCGACCUCACCAAGUACCUCGACAAUCAGAAGUUCCGCUUCGACUGUACGUUCGACGACACGUGCUCGAACGAGAUGGUUUACAUGUAUACCGCCAAACCGCUGGUGCAGGCAGUGUUCGAGGGUGCGAUGGCCACGUGCUUCGCCUACGGUCAGACCGGGUCGGGCAAGACGCACACGAUGGGCGGCACCUUUAACGGCAAGUCGCAGGACAGCAUGAACGGCAUCUACGCGCUGGCCACGCGGGACAUCUUCGAGCUGCUGCAGAGCCCCAAGUACCAGUCGAACAAUCUCGUCGUGUCGGCCAGCUUCUACGAGAUCUACUGUGGCAACGUGUACGAUCUGCUCGCGAACAAGAACAAGGCGCGCGUGCUCGAGGACGGCAAGAAGCAGGUGCAGGUGGUGGGGCUGACCGAGCGGGAGGUAAACUCGGUCGACGAGGUGCUGGCGAUCAUCAGCAGCGGCAGCAACCUGCGCACCUCCGGCCAGACCGCGGCCAACUCGAACUCGUCCCGCUCGCACGCCAUCUUCUCGCUCACGCUGCGCGUCCAGGCCAGCCCGAAGGUGCACGGCAAGUUCUCGUUCAUCGAUCUGGCCGGCAACGAGCGGGGCGCCGACACGGUGUCGGAAAACCGGCGCACCCGGUCGGAAAGCUCGGAGAUCAACAAAUCGCUGCUGUCGCUCAAGGAGUGCAUCCGGGCGCUCGGGCGCAAGCGGCACCUGCCCUACCGUGGCAGCGUGCUGACCAAGGUGCUGCGCGACUCGUUCGUCGGCAAGAACAUCCGCACGUGCAUGAUCGCGAUGAUUGCGCCGGGCAUGGCGUCCUGCGAGCACACGCUCAACACGCUCCGGUACGCGCACCGCGUCAAGGAGCUGGCGGUGGUCGAUCCGGACGACCGGGUCGACCCGGAGGAGGAUCUGAUCGAGUGCGACGAACCGUCGAACGGGGGCACGCACAACUUUAACGAUCUGGAGCAGCUGCGCUCGCUCAACGAACAGGAAAUGACGAUGGAGUUGUACAAUCAGCAUAAGGCCAUAUCGGAUUUGCAGCAGAAGGAGGAGGAGGUGCUGGAUAAUCAUCAGCGGGUGAACGAGUUUCUGGAAAAAUUCUUGCCCGAAGCGAAGGAGCUGUACAACUUCACGAACCUGGUAGACUACGAUCAGGACGCCUACUGCAAGCGCGGAGAGGAGCUAUUCUCACAGCUAGCCGAAGUUGCCAACGCGUUCAAGGAUCUGAUGUCCGAGUUCCGUACGAAGCUGUCGCAGGAGGAGAUAGUGUCACAAGCGGCCAAACUGAGCCAUCGCAAGUAAAAUCAGCAGCAGCAGCAGCAGCAGCAGUAGCAGCACUGGAAGGGAGAAGCUUGUUUUCAUGUUGUUCUAGAACUAGAAUUUAAACUGAUGUUACGUUUCAACGAGUCUCAAGCUUUGCGUGACAUGCUCUCCGUCCCUAUUCUCUCCGGAAACGCACGGCCCCAUUAUCAAAAUCAUUCCUUUUCAAUACCUACCCCCUGCACUGCGUGCCGCGCUCACCCUUCAUAACCCCUCCCCCCCCCGCUCCCCUCAUCCAUUAGGGAUUAGUUUUAUCUUCUUGUCAGAAUACAUAAUUUGAGCAAACGCAAAUAUGUUGGCGCUGAAUUUCUUCGCCGCUUUCGGCACAUGGACGCGCCGCGCAUUAGUAGUGGUGGGUGGUAAAUUUGAAAAACAAAACAAACCGUGACCAAGGGGUGGAGCCACAUUAACUAAUGCUAGCAAUGGGGUAUCCCUGACAACCAGCAGGUUCUGUGCGGCCAAGGACCACUGGGUGGCACACUAAAUCGCGCGUCGCGCAUUGUAACUCUACACACACACACACAUACACACACUUUUUUUCUUUGACAUGUGUGUGUGUGUGUGCGCGAGUGAUACGAAAAUGUAGAGGGAAAAGGGGGACACUCAGCGAUAAGAAGACAGAUUAACGAUAAACGAGGCGACAGGAAGACAGAUCAAAGGCGAAUCACUCCCACUACUGUUGUAUUAUUAUUAUGAACUAUGGAAGAUAUUAUUAUUAUUAUUAUUACUAUUAUGAUUAUUAUUAUUAUUAUUAUUGCAUUAAAUAAUGUAGCUGUAACACGUCUCUGGUACGCGCUGGUGGGUGUGUGUGGGUGUGUAUGUGUGUGUAUGUGUACUCAUUAGAAAAAAGGCAUUUGCUGGGCGCGCAAAUUAACGUGAUAAUAUGGUGAAUGGAGACAACACAAGACAACAACAAAUAACACAUACACACGCGCACCGACACCUCUAACUACACGAGAAAAGCAAACGUAUUAUGCAGAGACGUGACGUGUGCGUGUGUGUGUGUGUGUGGGAUGAGUGUAUGAAAAAGAGAGGACGAAAUGGGGGAGGGGACGCUUUAUAAGGAUCCCUAUGGGAGCUCCGGUCAGAGGAAGAGACAGAAAGAGAGAAAGAUAGAGAGAGACAGAGAGAGAGAAACAAAAAAAUAGAGAGAGAAAGAGAGAGAGAAAGCGAAAGAGAAAGAGAGAAAGCGAGAGAUAGAGAGAAAGAAAGAAAGACAGAGAGAACGUGAGAGAGAGAGAGAGAGAAAGAGAGAGAGAGAGAAAAAAAAAGAGAAAGAGAAAGUGAGAGAGAGAGAGAGAGAGAGAAGUCAAGCUAGAGUUAGAGACUGAGAGAGAGAGAGAGAGAGUGAGAGACGGACAAAAGUCCUAAAUAGGUUGAAAUACUUUGAAGGCGCAUAUAGAUGUAAAAAUGACAUAUUCGUAAUUAGCUACAAAUGCGAUUUGAAUGGGGUGGGUAUAAGGAUAUUGAUUCCUUUUUCCCUUUCCGGCUGCUAUGUGGGAGGAAGAAGGCUACGCUUCCAAUCGCAGUAAGCUUCUUAGGACAGACAAGACUUAUAGAUCGCGCUAGAGGGGUUUGAAAGUCCAGAUUGUUUUUUUGAAUUCUGUUCCAAUUAUUACAUCGUGAUAUAAACGUUUCCUUUUCCUCAUUUACUCUGUUAUUCUCUCUCUCUCUUUCUCUCUUCCCCCUAUAUAUCCCUCUCUCUCUCUCUCGCUCUCUCUCAUUGACACACACACACGCGGACACACUCAUUGGUGAUGAUUUACAUUCGCGCAAGUGUAAAAUAAUGUGCUCUCUGUUUAGAUGAACUGAAAUGAACACGAAAACACGAAUUGCUUUUCCCGCCCAUCCGCGGUGUUGUAGUGCAACAGUAAUUAGGAAACAAGCCGCAAAUAAAACGUAAAAAAAAACAAUUGCAAAUUGUUUUGCAUCCUCCUCUCCUCCCAUACUAUAACUGUUUUCUAGGGAGAUAGUGCUAUGAGAGGGUUUUGGUUGUUGUUGUAAGUUUAGUUUGCAGUUCAAUAACAUCCCUCCCCCCCCCCUUCACAAGCGCGGCAAGCCGCGCCGACAGGACAAGACAAGAAGAUGGAAAAGACAUUAUUUAUACCUUUGUUGUUGCGGGAGGUGUUCGACCGUUUUGGUUUUCAUGUAGCGUGUAAGAGAAAUGCCCGAAACCUAUCCCUGUCCCCAAUUGCCGCUUAAUUUUGUAACAACACACUUACGCCUAGAAUAGGGGGGAGGGGGGGGGAAGGAGAGGGGGAGAGAGAGGGAGGGGGGAGUUGUAUGUGAAGAAAUCGAAAAAGUAUUGCAAAAGAUAAACACACAAACAAUUAGGAAUGAUUUUAUUAUUAAAUAGCAGCAAGCAGAAAGGAACAGGACCCCCCCUCCAAUUGUACCAACACUUUCUCUUGCUCUCUCUCUCUAUCUCUCACACUCUCACCCAAUUGUAUCGCGAACGGAAAAGAGGGGACGGAGGCAACGCGGGGGUUGUAACACAAAAUGUUUGCAAUUGCAAGUAUAAGUAGGACUAAGGAGACACAGAGACAGAGACAGAGAACCGAACAACUAAACACAAAACCACUACUAAAUAACCAAUGCAAUAUAUGAUAGAGAAAACAGUAAAACGAGUAAGACAACAAAAUGCCUGUACACCAAGGGGGGGAAAUGGAAGGUUGCUAUCGAGUAAGUAGCAGGGGAGGAGGAGAAGGAAAUGUUUGUGUGUUUGUGUGGGUGCGUGUUGUGCUGCAAGAAGAAGAAGAAGAAGAAGAAGAAGAAAAACAACGAGCGUCGGUAAAACAUAGCUGGGCGAGCUGGGUAACGUUUUAGCUAGAUAGAUAGAGCAAAGAAGAAACGUGUUUAUAGCGAUUUAGGAGAGUGAUUUUUUUUUUGUUUGUUUUUGUACAAAACGUUACAGAACCAAUGAAGAGAAGAAGGCAGGAAGGGGCCGGCAGCAGCAGCAGCUCCAGUCACACCGAGCGAAGUAAUCAAAGCACAAGAAAGCGCACGAAACGCAGCAGAGCAAAGCAAAGCAAAGAGGGAGAGAGAGAGCGAGAGAGCUUGUGCGAAGAAAGGGAUAGGAGACUAUUAAGGAAAGGGGAAGGAGAAGAUAAGAAAGAUUAAUUAAUUCCUAACUGAAAUUUAGGUUUACCUACACACACACAGACAUCUUACUAGUAGCAGCAAAUAUACGAAACUCUAAGUGUGUGUUGCAUUUAGGAAACAAAAUUUUCUCCCCAUUCCCCCCCCCCCCCCCUAGCACUGCUGUACCGUUGUAGUAGUUUCACUGCUUGUGGCCGACUGUUGUAUCUGAGUUUGUAGUCUUCUCCCGCUCUGCUCGUUUGCGCUAUCGAUUCAAGGACGAGAAGUAUGAUUCAGCAAACAAACAAACAAACAAAAAACUGCAAAAGAGGAAAGAGGGAAAAUGAAACUAGCAGUAAAAACAAAAGGUAUAUAUUAGAUAUAUUUAUAUUUUUAUCUCACACCUUUACUACUACUCCUCUCCCGCCCCCCCCCCCCCCCCCCACUCGCUUUUUCACUGGUGUGUAACAAGUUUUCCCCAAACAAUCCCCAUCCAAAGGAAGCCCACAGUUAGUUGGUUUGUUUUGUUUUUCCCUCCUUUUUAUCUACAACACACACACACACAUACACACACAAACCCACAUCCAUACCAUACCCCUGUAUUGCGCUGGUGUUACGUUAAGCAAAACUCUGCUAACAAAGUUUCAAAAGAAAAAAAAAAGAAAUAAAACCGUUUAAAUCUUAUUACA